AGUACAAUAGCAGAGGCCUGUAUCUAGGCGGGUCUGCUAAGAACCAGGAAAUACCUAGUGCUAUUCACACACAGAUUCAGGGAAACUACACCAUAUCCUGAACUAAAUCUGUGUCACUUUGAGCAGUAAAAUGGCACAGGCUGCCUGUCUUCUGGAUCAGGACCAGUUCAGCUGUUCAAUCUGUCUGGAUCUACUGAAGAAUCCGGUUGCUAUUCCCUGUGGACACAGUUACUGUAUGGGCUGUAUUAAGGACUGCUGGGAUCAGGAUGAUCAUACCGGUGUCUACAGCUGUCCCCAGUGCAGACAGACCUUCACCCCAAGACCUGUUCUUGGCAAAAACACCAUGCUGGCUGAAGUGGUGGAGAAACUGAAGAAGACAGGACUCCAAGCUGCUCCUCCUGCUCACUGUUACGCUGGACCUGGAGACGUGGCGUGUGAUUUCUGCACUGAGAGAAAGCACAAAGCCGUCAAGUCCUGUCUGGUGUGUCUGGCCUCUUACUGUGAAACUCACAUCCAGCCUCACUAUGAAUUUCCUGCCUUUAAGAAGCACAAACUGGUCAAAGCCACUGGAAACCUGCAGGAGAAGAUCUGCUCUCAUCAUGACGAACCGCUGAAGAUUUACUGUCGUACCGAUCAGCAGUGUAUCUGUUAUCUGUGUACAAUAGAGGAUCACAGAGGCCAUGAUACAGUCUCUGUUGCGACAGCAAGAACAGAGAAACAAAAGCAGCUGGGGGCGACACAGAGUAAAUUCCAGCGGAGAAUCCAGGAGAGAGAGAAGGAGCUGCAGGAUCUGAGGCAGGCUGUGCAGUCACUCAAGCGCUCUGCACAGGCAGCAGUGGAGGACAGUGAGAGGAUCUUUACUGAGAUGAUCCGCUCCAUUGAGAGAAGGUGCUCUGAGGUGAAAGAGCUGAUCAGAGAUCAGGAGAAGGCUGAAGUGAGUCGGGCUGAAGGACUCCUGGAGCGACUGGAGCAGGAGAUUGCUGAGCUGAGGAGGAGAGACACUGAGCUGGAGCAACUUUCACACGCAGAGGAUCACAUCCAUUUCCUCCAGCGCUCUAAGUCUCUCUGUGUCCCUCCUGGACCUGGAGGCUUACCCAGCAUCACUGUCAGUCCACACGUCUCUUUUGAGGCUGUGAGGAAAUGUGUCUCUGAGCUGAAAGAGCGACUGGAGGACGUCUGCAAGGGGGAAAUGUCUCAGAUCUCCAGGGCAGGUAGAGCAGUGGGUGUUCAUGGCUGCUUUACUGAAGGGGAGACCUGUCCCCUCUGCAUGGAGCCCUUUCAGAAGAAGCAGAGGCUGAUGUGUACUCAUGCCAUCUGUGCAGCCUGUCUGGAGAGAUCUGUAGAAAGACUGGAUCUCCAGUGUCCAGUGUGUCAACAAGCACUCAGAGUGCUGGGAGACCAGCCAGAGGGACAGAUGACACAUUCAUUUUACAGUUUGCAUCAUAUAUUGAUUACAUACAAUAUUCCUGAUGGAAUACAGACAGUAAGUAAUACUUCUUCAUAUUUCAUUACUAUUGGAGUCGUUUGUGAUCAGAGAAAAAAUGAUAAUGUUCUGCAGUAUGAUGAAUGGAGCUCACAGCAAUAUAAAUAUAUGACUGUAAGUAGCCUAUUCAUGAUAUUAGGACUCUUCCCCCUCACACUAGUACAAUGUCAGAUCUGUACAUCACAUUUGGAAUGACAUAUUUAAGGAUUACAUACAAUAACCCCAGAGGAAUUCAAACAGGAAUAAAUGAGCAUUUAUUCAGGAGGGCUUCAUAUUUCA